AGGGGAGCUGAGCUCCAUUCUCGGCCGACGCGGUUGCAACCAAAAAUUUGGGAUGCAGAGAAGAGGGUGGCUUUUAUCGUGAUUUUAUUUCAGACGAAGACACAGAUUCGAGGUGGAGGGCGCGGUCUAUAGAGCACACGCACCCACACUUGCCCAUCAUGCCUCCUCGAGUCCAGUGCCCAAGUAUUGGGUCUGCCAUCAGACAACAGUCGCGCCAAAGGAUAUCGCCCAGGCAUCGACCAACAUUACAGACUGUCACCCCCGUCCUCGUUGAUUCAUCAGUACUGGCGAGGAGGACCUAUGCAACGGCUGCGCCAUUGUCUAGAUUAGGAGGCCUUCAGCUCCCGGCCGACUAUGUCCCCCCGACCCAGCCCCCCAGCGCCCGACGGCCAGAGACACGAAAGUCGCAGCUGCUCCGAGCAUACACGUCACUACUGAGGUCAACCCCUUUGACGCUCAUUUUUCAGCACAGCAACCUUACCUCGCAAGAAUGGUCCGCAGUCCGCCGAGAACUACGGGCCGCCUUGGCCAAGGUGCCGAUCCCGGCGACCCCCGAGGGUGUACCGCCACCCGUCGAUAUCGUCAAGAACAUCCAGCUACAGGUCAUCAGGACACGCAUUUUCGACCAGGCCUUCAAGGUGGUUGAGUUCUUCGACCCGGAGGCCGCAGCUGCCAAGACGCCUGGCAUGAAGAAGUACAAUCACGAUCUGUCCAAGGCGGCAUACGAGGCCACGUCCAAGAUUGACCUCGACGCUGUCCCGGAUUCAUCCAUGUACAAGCAGAUUGCUCCGCUUCUGGUCGGACCUGUCGCCCUUGUGACCUUCCCCGCCGUGUCUCCGGACCACGUCGCCGCCGUCCUGCGCACGCUGGCCCCUAGCGCACCGGCCUUCCCGGCCCCUACGAGGAGGGCGUGCCCCAGCUACCACGAGCCGAUCGCCCGCAGCGGCAUACAGAAGCUUCUGCUGGUGGGCGGCCGCGUCGAGGACCGCGUGUUUGACCUCGACGGUGUCAAGUGGCUCGGUGGCAUCCAGGGUGGCCGCGAUGCUCUCCGUGCCCAGGUGGUGCACAUGCUGCAGAGCGCCGGUCUUGGCCUCACCAUGGCGCUUGAGGGUGCGUCCAAGAGCCUGUGGCUCACCAUGGAGUCGAGGAGGACCCAGAUGGAGGAUGAAGCCAAGGGACCGGAAGAGGCUGCGGAGAAGAAGGAGGACGAGGCUCAGAGCUGAUUGUAUGAUGUUUUGUAUAGUAUGUUGGUGGUAGAUAUCAGUAAGAUACGAUACCUGUAAAAAGAUAGACACAUGGUUUACUACUAAAUGGUUUUUUUCUAGCAAAUGCAGCGAGCCCAUAUUAUCAGAGCAUUUCCUGCCUAGGUAGGUAUAGCGAAAUGCUAGAAUUGUAUACUUGUAUGAUGGCUUUAUUUCCCACCAGUUCAACUAGCUUAUAGUGAUCACAUA